AUGUCAUCUCUACAGGCUCUGGCCAACGAAUCCUACGGCUUACUCCCUCCUGGGUCCAGGUUGGAGGGCAUUCCUCAGCUCAACUCGGGGAUUGAAGAUGUUCUCAGCGGGAGUGCUAAAUUGGCCAAGGCGAGAGCUGGUCUAGGUCUGGUCGGUCGGGGAGGUGCAUCUGGCCUGAGGAGUAGCACGAACAAUGUUGCUUCUGGAUCUAAUGCUGACGGUGGAGCCGCCUACCUGCUUGCUACCCACGGCAUCAAUGCACCUUCGCUGUCUUCUCAGAUCAAUCAGUUCUCCCAAACUCUUCCUACCACCGCUCAGACCACGUCCGCUGCGCCUCAGAGCUCCCAUAACGACGCUCCCCUCGUACCCCUGCCGACCUUUCUCCAGCAACACAAGGAAAAGAUUAUACUCAGCGCCAUCUCUGAUACCCUCCGUCGAGCGGUCCGUGAUAGCGAAGAGAGAUGGAUCGACCGGUGUGAUCGAGAGUGGAAGUCUCAGCGUGCCAAGAUCCUGGAGGAGAUGGGUGUAGGGAACUCGAGCGGCGCACAGGCGGCUCUGGGUGAAAGUACCAUGGGUCGAAGCAGAUUCGGUCAAUCUACCAUGAAGCCGAACUUCUCAGCUUCCACGAUGGGCGGCCUGAACCAAUCGACUAGGUCUAGCAACGCUUCUAAUGCGCUCGAAGCCGUCAAAGCUCAACAGAAGAUGAUGCAAUACGACAGCGUCGUCAAGGCGCUCAACUCUCGUCGAAAGGAGAAGAAACCGUUCCCAAUCAUCAAUUACAUGAAGGGACAGGUCAGCUCUGAGAAAGAGUCAGAUCUCGGUGCUACCUAUACGUUGCUUUCUCAAUUGCUCUCGGAGAGCGCAGACGGCUCAGCUCCGGGCGAACGGGCGUACGCCAAGGGUUACAUGGCCGAAGACCAGUCCCGCGAGCGAUGCGAGGUUUUGACCAAGUUGAUCUCGAACGGGACCACUUGGCUCGAGAGAGCUUUCGCCGCACACGUCGACAAAGUUUUGUCAGAGAAGGUCAAGGAGAUUCAAGUAGGGGGUGUGCCGGGAUUCCGCAGCAAGGUCUCAGCAUACGUGACGUACAACUAUGAGAAGAGGAGCAACCCGCUCAGUGUCCGACUAGAGAAAGUUGCCAACUCCUUCUUUUGGGUCGAGGUGUUCUACCUCAUGCGUGGUGGUCGAACCGAUGAUGCGUUGGAGUUGGCCCAAGAGAAACAACACGCUAUGCCCCGCAAAGAUCGAAACUUCGCAGGCUUGUUCAGGGCAUGGGUCAACAGUGCGGACAGGACACUCCCGGCUGAACUUCGGACCGCCUUCGAGACCGACUUCAACGCCCGUAUCAAGCACAACCUCGAAAAGGGCGAUCCCUUCAAGUAUGCCGUCUACAAAUUGCUCGGCCGUCAAGAGAUCCACAAGAAGAACAUCCCCGACGUGAUUCAGCAUACCGAAGACUGGAUGUGGUUCCAGCUCAGCCUCGUCCGUGAAGUGCCGAGCGUUGGGUCAGGGCUGGCCGGCAAGAACGCCGGCUAUUCGCUCAAAGACUUGGGAGCGCUCGUGGUCAAAUAUGGAGAGGCCGAUCUGAAGGAGGGCAAGGUCCGAUCUAUGGUCUACUUCCAGAGGCUGCUGAUGACGGCACAAUUUGAGAAGGCUAUCGCCUUUUUAUACGAAGACGACAAAGAGAUCGAUGCGGUACACUUCGCAAUCGCAUUGACCUACUACGGGUUGCUACGUGUGCCCGAUGCUCGCACACAGUCCGAGACCGAGAUCUUCACUGGCAAAGCAGCUUCAACACCGUUGACUGCCAACAGCUUCAUGUCUGCUUCGGGCGUUCCUCUCAGCACCGUCGACGUGGUUUACUGCAACUUCGCUCGUCUCAUUCAGCGCUAUGUCCGCAACUUUGUUCGGGUCGACACGCCAGCUGCACUGCAAUAUGUGUAUCUGCUUUCGCUGAAUGCGGACGCGCCAGGCACGACGGGUGAGGAGCAGGUGCAGGCGUGUUGGGAUAUGAUCCAGGCUGUGAUUUUGGAAACGAGGAGCUAUAAUCUGGUUCUCAACGAGAAGGCUGCGGAUGGACAGUCCAUCCCUAGCGUGCUCAUGCGCGACGUCAAGCUUGUCAAGGUUCGAAACCCCGACGGAUCCGUCCGAGAUCUGAUCGCUCGCCUGGCAGCUUCCGCACCAGCGGACUUGCCGCUGAAUGAUCGCAUCGAGCUAUACAAAUUGGCUGGGCAAUACGACAGAAUCAUGGCUGCUAUCAACAAGCAGCUGUCCGACUCGCUCGAUCAGCCCGGAACUGGAGCAGAAGCGGAAGGUCAGGACGAUCUGCUGGCAUUCGUCAGGUUCAAGCUGGACGACUUGCGACGAGAAGGGGUCCAGGUCGGAAGCGCUGGACAGACGGCAGCGAACCAAUUGCAAAAGCUACGCGAGGCAAAGGGCUGGACAGAGAAGGCAGAUUACGAGAAGGCUCUGGCGGCUGUACAAGCUACCGAGCUUAUCCCCCUGGACAGAGAUGUCCCUGGCAUCACUCGAGCUGCAGAAGACUUUAAGCAUGUUGACGAUAAUAUCACCCGCAAGAUCGACAAGGUGCUCGUGAUGACGAUGAAUGCCAUCUUCGAGCUGAAUCAGCGAGCAAAAAGUGAUCAAACGGCAGGCGAUCGUCAGGACCGAAUGCAGCGACUACGAAAACAGGAGAGAGCGCUUAUGAUGUUUGCGGGAAUGCUCCGCUAUCGUCUAAGCAGCGAGACGUACGCUCAACUCGCCCAUUACGACGCAUUCUUCUAA